GGAGGUAGUACUAUUUUACGCCGUUUUGAUAAAAAUUUAUUUACCAAAUAACAAUGUGUGACUUUGUUUGACAUAUUCUGAAAAAAGAAAAUGGGGGAAAUAUAUAUUUUCAGCUCAGAAUGGGCCUCGGAAUCAUCGGAUAAGUUAUUAUUAUUACAACUCCGAUAGAUGGAAGUUGGAGGUGACAAACUUGGAGGCAAUGAUAAUUUACUGUUCAUUCAUCACUCUGCUGCUGCUGCUGCUUCUGUGCGCUGUAGAGAAUGGAAAGGCAAGUUGGCCUUCUGUUACCCCCACCCAUCAUCGAAAAGAAGAAGAAACUGCGGGAGACUUUCUAAAGCUUUGGAGAUAGUGGUAUAGGUUAGUGUUGGUAAUUGGUGUCCCAACCCAAGAAGAAUUUCAAGUGGGUCAUCUCUCUGCCUGCCUGAAUAUGUGACCCUACAUCCCACUUGUUGGUCUUUGCUGUCUGUCUCCACCUCGCACCCCACCCAACCCAAGCUCACCCACUGACCCCUCUUUUUGCUUUUAUUAUUAACAUUCUUUUUUUCCAUUCUUCCUAAUAUUUUAUUAAUAUGACUCCCUAUUCUAUUCUACAUACAUAUAGGAAUUAGCCUUUCUUCUCUAUCUUCUGGAUGGAAUAAAGCGCCAAUCUGUUUCUCCCUUCACGCAAUCAACUAUACAGUGUCUAAGUUUAUAUGCCAUAAAGGAGCAGACUUUACUUUCCUGGGUCUGAGGGUUUUAUUGGAAGUUGACCUGAAGAGUAUUUGGAGGUUGUGUAUGAAAUUCGGACUGUGUUGUCAUUUGGAUUUGGGACUGGGAUUGAGAUUUCAUGCUCGGAGUCAGGGGAUGGAGAGGUUUAUUAUGGCCAACUUUCAUCUUCUUUAACAUUGGCCAUUCACAAUAACAUGAAAAACUUUUUGAGGAAACUUCAUUUGGGGUCCAAUCAUUCUGAGGAUUCAGAAGGGUCAGCAAAGGGGAGUAAUAAGUUGAGUGAUAUAUCUUCGCCUGAAAGGAAUUUAUUAAUCUCUAAAUCCCACCACGGGUCUGAACACAACAAGCCCUUUUCAGCAAUUUCGGGAUGGUUGAACUCUGUUUCAAGUAAACACAGUACUCCUCCCCCUUCUUCUUGUUCUAAUGUGAAUAAAGUUGACAGAAUGGAACCUACUGAUUCUGUGAGUAGUAGUGGUGGCUUAGAGGCUGCUCUGGAAGCAGUUAGGCUUGAGUCUGAGUCAACAAAUUCGAGGGAUCCUGAUAUUGAAGAAGAGUAUCAAAUUCAAAUGGCUUUAGAGUUGAGUGCCAGGGAGGAUCCUGAGGCUGUUCAGAUUGAGGCUGUGAAGCAGAUCAGUUUAGGAUCUUGCCAGCCUGAAAACACCCCAGCUGAAGUUAUAGCAUAUCGUUAUUGGAAUUACAAUGCUCUUAGCUUUGAUGAUAAGAUCCUGGAUGGUUUCUAUGACCUAUAUGGCAUCGUGACCGGAUCCACUUCAUCAGAAAUGCCUCCCCUUGUUGAUCUGCAAAGAACACAUGUAUCAGAUCACAUAAGUUGGGAAGCUAUUCUUGUAAAUAGAGCUGCUGACUCCAACUUGUUGAAGCUUGAACAGAGGGCUUUGGAGAUAGCUGUCAGUUCAAGAUCUGAACCGUUAAACUUCUCAAGUGGAGAUUUGGUGCAGAAGCUCGCUGUUUUGGUCUCUGACCACAUGGGGGGGCCUGUGGCCGAUCCUGACAAUAUGCUAAUAGCAUCGAAAGACCUUUGUUGUAAGUUAAAACAAACUCUCGGAAGCAUGGUUUUGCCCCUUGGUUCUUUGAUCGUUGGGUUGGCUCGUCAUCGUGCUUUACUGUUCAAGGUUUUGGCUGAUAGUAUUGGCGUCCCUAGCCGGCUAGUGAAAGGACAGCAGUAUACAGGCUCUGACGAUGUUGCAAUGAAUUUUGUAAAAAUGGAUGAUGGAAGAGAGUACAUUGUAGAUUUGAUGGCAGCCCCUGGUGCUCUUAUUCCAUCUGACACUGCAGGAGGGCAGGCAGGAGACUAUGAAGAUUUCCAUUUCAGCAGCACAGUGUCCAAAGACGUUGACAUCCCCCAAACAGCAUCCUCUAGCAGUGGCAUUACUUCUUCGUCUGAGGAACUCAAUGAGACUGAAAAAGGGUCCAGGUUGAGGAAAAGUGUUAUUGCAGGAAAAGAAUCUUCUUCCUCGGGUGAAUUUGAAAAGCCUUUAAAAAAGGAGCCUGCCAGAACCAUUCAUCCUUAUUCACAUGCAAGGUCUCCAUCCUGGACUGAAGGGGUUAGUUCCCCAGCUGCACAUAGGAUGAAAGUGAAAGACGUUUCUCAAUACAUGAUGGAUGCUGCCAAAGAAAACCCGCAUCUUGCCCAGAAACUCCAUGACGUCUUACUUGAAAGCGGAGUCGUUGCACCCCCAAACUUGUUUUCCGAAAUUUAUUCAGAUGGGUUAGAUGUCUCGGUGAAAUCAAAGGGCGAUGUGGAAAAUAAAAAAAGAGUUAACUUGCAGAAUAAGAAGGGAGGAGAUGAUCUUGAUCGAGCUCGCUUCUUGCCUCCCUUGCCACAUCAUUGUAAAAAUUUAAAGGGAAAUCCACGUGGGCUAUUGGGGCGUAAUGUAGACGAAGUUAAUGAGCAUGCUGUUUCUCCAAGGAAGAAGUAUACCAAAAAUAUGCCGGUUGCCGCUGCUGCUGCUGCAGCUGCUGCUGUGGUUGCAUCUUCAAUGGUAGUAGCUGCCGCAAAGACAUCUUCUUCUGAUCCAAAUGUUGACCUCCCUGUCGCAGCGGCAGCCACAGCCACAGCGGCAGCUGUAGUGGCAACUACUGCAGCUGUCAGUAAGCAAUACGACAAAUUGGAUGUAUCUGCUCAUUUUCCAGAUAGUCCCGCUUGUUUUAAUCCAUUAGAAUUGGCGAGAAGUGGCGGAGAUGCUAAUGUCGGUGAGCUCCAGGGAAGUGGUGACAGAGUGCGUGAGGCACUUGGAGUAAAUUCAGAGGGUGAGAGAAUAUCUGAUAGGUCGACUGAAAACGAUAGCGCAAGAUCUGACGCAAUGCUUAAUGAUGUGGCAGAGUGUGAGAUUCCGUGGGAAGAUAUUGUCAUUGGAGAACGUAUUGGCCUUGGAUCCUACGGGGAGGUAUAUCGUGGAGACUGGCAUGGAACUGAAGUCGCUGUCAAGAAGUUUUUGGACCAAGAUAUUACUGGGGAAUCUCUUGAAGAAUUCAAAAGUGAGGUAUGGAUCAUGAAAAGGCUUAGGCAUCCUAAUGUUGUUCUUUUCAUGGGAGCUGUUACCCGUCCUCCAAACCUUUCAAUUGUUACUGAAUUUCUACAUAGAGGUAGUCUGUACAGAUUGAUCCAUCGUCCCAACACUCAGUUAGAUGAACGGAGACGAUUAAGGAUGGCUCUUGACACAGCUCGAGGAAUGAACUAUUUGCACAAUUCCACCCCAAUGAUAGUCCAUCGCGAUUUGAAGUCUCCAAAUCUCCUUGUUGAUAAGAACUGGGUUGUAAAGGUAUGUGAUUUUGGGCUAUCAAGAAUGAAGCAUAGCACGUUUCUUUCUUCAAGGUCAACAGCGGGAACGGCGGAGUGGAUGGCUCCAGAAGUACUGCGAAAUGAGCCAUCAGAUGAAAAAUGUGACGUAUAUAGCUUUGGAGUCAUAUUGUGGGAGCUUUGCACAUUGCAGCAACCUUGGGGAGGGAUGAACCCCAUGCAAGUAGUCGGUGCGGUUGGAUUUCAGCACCGUCGCCUAGAUAUACCCGAUGACAUGGAUCCUGCUGUUGCAGACAUUGUUAGAAAAUGCUGGCAAACAGAUCCGAAAUUGCGCCCUUCAUUUACUGAAAUCAUGGCUGCUUUAAGACCUCUGCAAAAACCAAUUACCAGUUCCUAUGUGCCAAAGGCACAGCCAUCCAGAAGCCAAGGGAAGGGUAAGCUGUUGCAGCUUCCGGAAGAUUCAGUUUCUGGAAGGAGCCGCUGAAAAAGCAUACUGACGCUCACUCCUUGGAAGCAGUAACAAGUUCAAACUAUUGGAAGCAGACGUGCAAUUCUUUUCUAUCUUUUUUUCCCCUCUGAUCUCCUGUUGCUUUUAUUCUUGGCUUAUAUAUCAUUUGCCGCGAUCUUCAAAGUUGUCCAUUUGUUUGUAGAUUAUUUUUGGACUCUUGUAAUUACAUAUGUACACUGCUUAUGUUUUAAUCAACCUUUCUUCACAGAAGUAUCAAGUGAAAAAGAUCAUUCGAAAGCGUUUUCCUUCAAAUGAAACUAAUGCGUGAUUGUGGGC